AAAUGUCAAUACAUCCGAACAACCCUGACUAAAUGGCAGCCUAAACUCCAGGACACUACUGAUCAGGUCCAGGGGGAUACGCAGUUAGAUGCAAGCGCGGUAAAAAACGACGAGAUAUGUUCUCGGGGAACUGAACGUUGAUUUGUCUGAUAUGGCUAGAUGCAACAAUAUCUUUGUUUCUUGUUUUUUAGUGUAUUUCUCAGUUUUUGUUGUAUGUACUGGAAGUUCAAUUGAUCUCAAUCGCCCAUUCAUAAUAUUCUCCAACACGGUUGAUAUCCGGCACAUCAAUCUAGAUGGGACCGGGUAUGGGUAUAUCGUGAGAGGACUCAUCAACGUUGUCGGUCUAGACUUUGAUGUGAAAUCUGGUUACAUUUAUUGGUCUGAUGUGACCACCAAGAAAAUUCAAAGAGUUCACAUUCAUCAAGGUUUAGAUAGCUCAAAAAUUGAAGACUUUGUGAUGUCAAACCUUGGCAUACCUGAGGACUUAGCCCUGGACUGGAAAGGGAGGAGGCUGUUCUGGACAGAUCCUGGACUCGGUACCAUAAGUGUGAUUGGUCUAGAUGGUACCGGUCGCCGCGCUCUGAUUGGCACAAGUGGAAAGCCAAGAGCUGUUUUAGUAGACCCUCUGGACGACAAGCUUUAUUGGACAGAAUGGGGUCAAAAUGCUAGGAUCACUAGGGCACGAUUGAGCGAUGGAUCUGGCAAAGAAGUUCUUGUUAGUACAGGACUGGUUUGGCCAAAUGGCUUGGCUAUGGAUUAUGUUGAUAAGAAAAUUUACUGGGCUGAUGCUAGCACUGAUAUGGUUGAGAAGUGUGAUCUUGAUGGGGAAAAUCGCUUGACUCUAAUCGACCAUACCAAGGUGUACCAUCCAUACUCUUUGACACUAUUCAGGGAUCGGCUUUACUGGACAGACUGGCAACAGCACACUAUUGAACAUUGCGAUAAAUUGAGUGGUGGUGGGCGGGUCAGUUUAAGUGGCGGCAUGACACGCCCUUCAGCAUUACACGUGUAUCACCCUGAACGACAACUAGGAGCAGGUCCAAACGAAUGCUUGGUCAAUAACGGAGGGUGCAGUCACACGUGCUUGAACCUGAUUGGUGGAUACAGCUGCUUAUGCCCUCCUGGUUUUGAGCUCUCAUUGGAUAAACGAACAUGCACAGAUAUAAACGAGUGUGGCUAUAACCGAGGAGGGUGUGGUCAAAUCUGCACCAAUUCACUUGGAUCGUACAACUGCUCCUGUCUCAAUGGAUAUGUGCUUAAUGAGGAUUUGAGGACCUGUAAAGAUGCAGAUGAAUGCCGUGUUAAUCGCGGUGGAUGUGAGUUCCAGUGUAUCAACACUGACUCCUCGUACUACUGUACAUGUCGGUCUGGUUAUGCUCUGACGGCGGACUUACAUGGUUGUGAGGAUGUGGACGAGUGUAGCAGCGUCACUCACGCCUGCCCAGAGACCUGCAUCAACACGAUUGGCUCUUUUACCUGCACAUGCGCAUCGGGCCUUAACUACAACCCCGUGAACAACACGUGCGAUGACGUCAACGAGUGUCAAUCAUCACUUAACCCCUGCAGUCAGCGAUGCGUCAACACACGAGGAUCCUUGUACUGCGCAUGUUCUUCCGGCUUUUUGUUGCUAGGGGACGGUUUCACAUGUCGUGACGUCAACGAGUGUAGCCAAUCAGGACACGGCUGCGAGCAGCACUGCAUGAACACCGUGGGAUCGUAUACUUGCAUUUGUGAACUCGGUUACAAGCUCGGUCAAAAUGGUAGGAGCUGUGAGCGGGUCGACUGCGGGAUUCCCGAGGGAACUAGCGAGAUUCGAGUCACGUGCGAUGGAACGCAUGAUCAGUACAAGUAUGGCAGCACGUGCACCUUGAGCUGCACCUUGGGAUAUCUUCUCGGUAUCAAUAACAUCACCUGUCAAUCAUCCGCUAUCUGGAGCAUCAUCCGCGCCCAGUGCGAGGACCUAGACCCAGGCUCCAAUAGGCCUCCCUCGGCCAUCCUCAUCUCCUCGGACUCAGUCCCCGAGAACAGCCCUCUUGGCUCGGUCGUUGGUAAAUUGACCACUCUGGAUGUAGAUUCUCGGCAGAGUCACUCGUACACGAUGGUAGACAGUGCUGAAGGCACAUUUGGUGUGGAUAAUUCUUUAGGAGUUCUGGUGGUAGUAAGGGAAAUGGAUUUUGAAACGCACCCGCAGUUUUUCAUUCAAGUUAUGUCGACGGACAGCGGUACACCCCCUCUAUCGCAUGUGCAGAAUUUCACUAUCGAUGUCAUGGACGUAAAUGAACCUCCGACUCCUCCAGUUCUAGCCCCGCCCGUUGUGUACGAGAACGCCUCUGUGCAUUCCACCAUCGGACUCCUCUCUUCACACGAUGCGGACGCAGACACCAACCUCACCUACACUCUGCUAACAGACGCAAGGGGAACAUUCAGAGUCGAGGAGUCACGGCUUGUCUUGAAUUCACCGCUAAGCUACGAGACGCAGUCGAGGUACACAAUCACGGUACAGGUUCGCGAUAAUGGUAACCCGAUCCUGGUCGCCAGCCAGGCGAUUAACGUGACAGUCUUUGACUGCAGUGACCCUCCCACGGGAGUGAUAUUUAACGGGGGCUCGCUUGAUGAGUACAGUGAUGACCCUGAUGUAAAUGGCACUCGAAAUGGGACCCAUGUGGGAACCCUAACCGCCAUAGACGAAGACGCCAAAGACACUCACGUGUUUGAAAUCCUAACUCAAGGUUCACCCUUCCGGAUACACAACUCAACAGUCAUUGUUGGUAACGCAAGGAGGCUUGAUUUUGAGUCACGCAAUACCUGGACGCUCCUAAUCCGCGUGACGGACCAGGUUGCGGCAUCGGUGACGUCAUCUAUUAGAAUCUUCUUGAGUGACAUUAAUGAGCCACCCACUAUGAUUUCAUUGUCAUCGGAUUCGUUUUCAGAAAAUGCGCCUGUGGGGACCUUGAUUGGCUCACUAAGUACGCAGGAUCCGGAUGCUCAAGACAGACACCGUUUUUCCUUAGAAACAAGUUCUAACAAUGCAGUUUCAAUCAACGGCAGCAAUCUCAUCGUCAAUAAAGUCGUGGACUUUGAGACAGUAUUGAACCCUUUGAGCAUACAGGUGAAGGUGAGGGAUUCGGGGAAUUUGACCCGUAACCAGGUCUUUAACAUCACCGUCACCAAUAGCAACGAGGCCCCAACAUCAAUCGAGCUCACGUCACAGCUUUCAUGCUCUCCUGGUGUAACGCUUUGUGUACCAGAAAAUAAACUCGCCGGGUACCCUGUGGCAUAUAUAAACGUCAAAGACCCUGAUGAUGGUGACGUCACAACAUGUGACGUCAUGACCGAUGAAUUCUUCGGCAUACGCGACAAAGAGCUGAUUGUCACAGGGAAUACCAAUUACGAAGCGUUGACAUCGGAUCACGUGGUAAGCGUAGGUAUUUUUUGCCGAGACAAAGGUGGGUUGAGUGUCCAAGCUGAUUACAACAUUAGCAUUCUUGAUGCGAAUGACGCACCGACGCAAGUAUUUCUAUCACAUUACAUCGCGAGUGACAGCGCCCCCGUCGGAAGUCUAGUUGGGAGGUUCACGGUCGAGGACGAGGACGCUAGUGAUACACAUUACUGCAUUCUGCUGACCCAGAACAGCCUAUUCGAGAUACUGGGACUGGAGCUGAGAGUUAAAAAGUCUCUGAAGAAUGCGACUGCCACACGCCAGCCUGUCAGGGUCUGGUGUUACGAUAGGACAAGUGUAGCUUUCCCUCAGUUGUUUUUCAUUGAAGUGCAAAACCUCAACAUGUCUGCCCAGAUCAACAUCACCAUAGACUCAAGUGAAAUCUCAGAGAACAAGGCCCCAGGAUCUGUCGUGGGACGAAUCCACGCCCUUAGCUACGAUCCUACAGAGACGCUCGUAUUUGACCUAGACGAUGACUGCAAUGGCACCUUUGCUUUGACCAGCGGCAAUACGGCAAAUACUCGUAUGCUGGUGACGACGAGGCCGCUGGAUUACGAGACGCGCCCACAGUACACGGUGGUUGUACGCGUGCGUGGAAAUGCUGAAAGGACGAGCUUUAGAGAGUUUACCAUAUCUGUUCUUGAUGUGACUGAGUUCCCGGAUGAUUACUUGGUACUUCAUCACAGUUCAGUGGUGGAAAAUACUGCGCAUGCGCUGGUUGGAAUCGUGAUGUUGCGUGAACCGCAAAUGAGGCACCUGGCCUUCACUGCCAUAGACGACCCUGAUGAUGCGUUUAUGUUGCAGCCAACCUCCUUUAGCCACACGUGCAAACUCCUGACAGCAAGACCGCUGGACUACGAGAAGGCUCAAAAUCAUAACAUUACCUUCAACAUCCAGGAUACCCCCUACACGCAAAUAUCUGUCAAUCAAACAUUCAUCAUUGCUGUUAUCAACGUGAACGAGCCCCCAUCCGCGAUCAAUCUCACAAACAGAAAUAUUGUAGAAAAUUCUCCAAGAGGCACUAUGAUUGGUCGAUUGAUUGUGGAAGACCCGGAUGAGCCCUUUCUGCCCCAGUCUUUCGUUUGCAACCUGCGCAACGACGCAUACGGUCGGUUUAUGGUCAGCGGUUUGACUCUUAAAGUGGCAGACCCACGUAGAUUGGAUUUUGAGGGAGUGGGCGGGGCAAUGUGUUUGAUUGACGUGGAGUGUCGUGAUCAAGAUGGCGGCUCAGUCCAACAGCAGUUCGUUGUAAACAUCAUGAACGAGAACGAGGCUCCGACUAGGGUUCUAUCAGAGAGCGGAACAUUCGAGGUUCCGGAGAAUCAUAGUCCGGGGUACAUUGUCGCCAAGUUACUAGCCGAAGACCAAGACUCAAAUGACAAUUUUACCUACUUAUUACAGUCUUCAAAAAAUACAUCUAGUGUACCUUUCACCAUCCAUGGCAACCGCCUCAUCACCACAGCGAGGCUAGACUACGAAUCGCGGGACACCUAUGUAAUUAACGUAACUUGUGUGGACAGCGGUAACUCUAGUGUUACACAAGCUCUGUUGGUGCAAGUACUGGACGUGAAUGAUGUACCUAGUGAGAUUGUGGUGCCCCCUGGGACGGCUGUGACCGAAAACUCUGAGAUGUCGAAAUUGGUAGUGGAAUUAAGAACGCUUGACGAAGAUCUAGGACAGACCCAUAAAUAUAUCAUCCACUCACAAAGCCCGAUCGGUGCCCUUGAGCUUCGCGAAACCAACAAACUCCACGUGGCUGACAGCUCAAAAAUCGACUACGAAUCCGUCCCCUAUAUACAUCUUACGAUAUCCACCACAGACAACGGUAGACCCACUCCGCUGACCAAGGUCACGAUAUUGAAGAUACCAAUUCUCGAUACCAACGAGAAACCAACAGAUAUUAAGCUUAGUCCAUUAAGCAUGCUCGAAAAUGCCGCUGUCGGAACGAUCGUGGGAACGAUAACUGUUAUCGACCCCGACACAUUCCCACAAGCAUUUACGUGUUUGUUAGUUGACGACGCGGAAGGAAGGUUCCGCAUUGUUCACAACAAUACAAAGAUUGACUUGGCAAUAGGAAAUGGACUUGCAUUGGACUACGAAAAGCACCGGAGUCAUAACAUAACGAUAAAGUGCACUGACGGCGGAGGAUUUUGGUGUCAAAGGGAGUUUGUUCUGGACGUAUUGGAUGCUAAUGACGCCCCGUCUAAUGUUAUAUUCAUCGAUGCACGCGGUGAUACCACCCUAGACCAGGCGCGAGUGAACAUAUCUAGUGCACUGGCAACGAAUACUGUCCCCGUGGCAGCGGUCAACGAGUCUGCCGUAGCGGGUAUUACCCUGGUCUCGUAUGUGCACGUCAUAGACGAAGAUACCUCGCACACUGCACAAAAGCACACAUGCGGACUGAUAAGCGAGGAAGAUGCGCAGUUGUACGUGACUGUUAACGCUUAUCGACCGCAAUCGGAUUUUUCUCGUAGAAAACGAAGAUCUACGGAAUCGAGCCGAGUCCCCACCGAGUUUAUGAUUCAGCCUGGUACCAACUCGAUUGUAGUUCGUGAGAAACUAGAUUACGAAGCUCGUACAAAUUUAACUAUUUUCUUAAAAUGCACAGAUAAUGGGUCACCACAGCUAUCAACAGUAGCGUAUUUAAAGGUGUAUGUACUUGACGUAGCAGAAGCACCAACCGACCUCACCCUCUCCUCCCUAGUGAUCAAGGAAAACUCCCCCGAGGGUACCCUAGUCGGAAGCAUCACCGUAACAGAUCCAGACUCUGCACCGUCGGCGUAUUCUUUAGAAGUGACUUCACAAGGUGUACCAUUCCGGUUGGUUGGAAAUGACGUCUUUGUGUCACGUCACCCGUUGGAUCACGAGCGAACCCCAGUGAUCACGAUUCAAGUCACCGUUCGCGAGGUAUUCACAAGUCUUCAGUUUACAAAAUCGUUCCAUAUAAACAUUAGUGAUAUCAAUGAGGCCCCAUCUAAAGUCACGCUAGAUGGUAAAACGAGCGUGACAGUAUUGGAAAGCGUGACUGUGGGGCAUACCAUUGGACAGUUUGUUGUCGAAGACGAAGACAAUUAUGAUAAAAUUUUUGCGAUUUCGCUUGGCGGGAGUAACGCAAGUGACUUUGCAGUGCGUGACGGUGCGCUAGUUGUCACGUCACAGCUGGAUGCCUGGUCGAUUGAUCGGUACACGCUUGCGGUACGCGCCACUGACCGGGGAGGACUGAGUACAACUUCUAUGAUUACUGUCAUUGUAAAGGAAGUUGAUUUAUGCGCGAAUACGAGCUAUUGCAGUCCUCAAGCCACCUGUGCUCGCGUGGGCCCGGGGCGGGCCUCCUGCACUUGCCGAGUUGGAUUCACUGGCAAUGGACACAUUUGCAAUGAUAUUGACUUCUGUGCGCCGAACCCUUGCCACCCGGACAAUACCAUCGGGGAAUGCCAAGAUGGUUUUGGGGGCUGGGAAAAUUAUACUUGUCCUUGCAAACCGGGAUGGUCGCCCCCGAAUUGUAAGGCAGAUAUUAAUGAGUGCCUCUCGAACCCCUGUAACUCAUCCGGCUCUAGUAGAUGCGAGAACCUGGAAAACGGCUUCCAAUGCACUUGCAGGGCAGGAUUUACUGGCAAAUAUUGUGAAACCGAUGUCGAUGAUUGUGAGAAGGAUAGUUGCCUUAAUGGUGGGUUAUGCGUGGACAAAACCAACGGUUUCAUUUGUGUCUGUAAGGAACCAUUUAUUGGCGUAAACUGCGAUACAGACGAUACAAUUUGUCGGCAGAACGCCUCAAUUUGCCCCCACAACGGAACUUGCAUCUCGUAUCCCGAGGACGCGACGAAACACACUUGUUUGUGUAGCAUACCUUGGAGCAGUGACUGCAACGGCUGCGCCCUAGGGUACGGUGGGGCUGAUUGUAAGCCCUGUCAGUACCCCUGGACAGGAGAUAAUUGUCUCCAGGACUGGCGUAACUGCGAACCUAACCCAUGUCUCCAUGGUGGCACGUGUUAUCCUCUUAGCAACGAAUAUGCAUGCGUCUGCCCUUUCAAUUACUUUGGUCAGCGGUGCGAAAAGUACUCCAGUAUCACAUCGACCCAGUCUCCGCGAGAUGAUGGCUAUCAUUUCGGGCCGGCAGCGACGUACGGAUUAGUAGCAGCCGUUUUAGUAUUACUCAUAGUUCUGAUUAGCGCUUUCAUUAUCUGUAAAUUGCGAAAGAGGCGGAAAUAUAGGUCUAAGAGAGGAAGAAUUCAAUUCAACCCAAAGGCUUCUAAAGAAGUGAGUGUGCCUUUUGAGGAAAUGAUGGAACGACACGAGUACGAGUUCACUAAUCCUGCAUUCGUACUACCAUCGUCGAGCUCUCCAACGGAUACCGACCCGGUCUGCACAUGUGAGGCUAGUGUUAGUCUAACGACGCACAAGAGGAUAGAGAUCGAUUCUUUGUCGGCGCCUACGCUAAUCAAGAUGUCACAUGAUGUUGUAGCUAAGACCUAUGAUAACCCGGUAUAUGAACCAGCAGAGGAAGUUUUACGCAAAGAGGAAGCUAGAGUUGUGUUCAAUCCAUUAGCUCCUAUAGACGAGCAAAAGGCAAAUGCUAUGUUAUGGAGAGAAGACAAGCUAUCACAAUGCUGAAUUUCCAGCACCCCGACAACUUCAUAGUAGAAUCUCGUUGUUAAUGAGAUAAACUUAUCACAUUUUGAAACUCUUGUCUUGCUAACAAAAGGCAUAGCUGUUCGGCGUGUUUUAGCUUUAAUGUGGGCUCUUAUUCCUAACACCGGUGUAAGAAACAUUUCCAGAAGACACCUUUAUAUUCAGGUCGGUUUUUAUCCUUAUUCGUUCUACCAAACAGAAGAAGCUUUGUUACGCAACUCGUACAAUACACAGGUUUUUACACCAGGGUCCGGUCGGCUCCUAGGGUUUCUGCUCCAUCUGGAAGCUGGUCUAUACUUGUUUGUUUUGCUUUCUGCACCGGCGCCGACUGGCAUAUACCUAAUUAAACGGCGUAAAUUGACUCAAAGUUAUACGUGAAACGCAGAGCUAUCUUGUUUUAAUGUCGUUUUGGCACCAAGUGCCCCAUAUUAUAUAUCCUUUGUUUGGCCGUGUUGACGUUAGCCAUGAAUAGUGUGGAGGAACAUAUUUAUUAUGAAAAGUUUUAGUACAAUAUAGUAUUAUUUUAUACGCGAUAGAGAUAUUUAUGAAAUAGUUAUAGUACUUAAUUUCCUAACUGAGUUUUUCUUGCAGUGAAAUAAAAUUAAUAAUAUUAUA